GUUGGUACCCUAUUGGGUGUAUCGUUGCUGCUGUUCGCCACAUCGUUGGGUAUCGGGUCGAUCUCUCGGUUCUAUUCAGCGGAAUUGGUGCCGAAAAACAUGCUGUUACGAACGGUCACCGUGUUGUCGCUGAUCGAAUCGUCGACGAAAAUCGCUCUCGAUUUUGGCUUCUACCCACUCGCCGAGACGUUCGGUUGCUGGGCAUUCCUUAUGUUCAUUCUGCCCUCAUCAGUAUUCCUGGUGCUCAUGUGGCGAUUUUGCCCCGAAACCAAAAAGCGCCCCGUGAACGCGAUUCUCAACGAAAUGGCCACAAAACUGAAUGUGGCCGUCACAUUCAAAGUAUAA